ACUACACCUCACCCGGAAGAGGAGGACCGAGGGAAACGACGGUCGAGGAAACUGUUGUGGACUAUCCACAGAAUUUCUUUUGCUACCAGUAUUUAGAUACUCAAACUACCUUCAGGCCACCCACCAGCAGAGGUAGACUUGCAGGAGGAUUUCGCCUCGUCGUGCUCACGGUAGAAAUGUCGGUCGUGCCUCCCAGUCGCUCGAAUGCCGGUUGGCCGCGCGGUGGUGCCGUUCAGUUUGGGAACAAAUACAUCAGCGGGCCCGCUAAACCGCUCACACUGGAGAGGACCAUCAACCUAUAUCCUCUUACCAACUACACAUUCGGCACCAAGGAGCCUCUCUAUGAGAAGGACAGCUCAGUGGCUGCCCGCUUCCAACGGAUGCGGGAAGAGUUUGAUAAGAUGGGAAUGCGGAGGACGGUGGAAGGAGUUCUCAUCGUCCAUGAACACAGGCUACCUCAUGUGCUACUUUUGCAGCUGGGCACCACCUUCUUCAAACUGCCUGGGGGAGAGUUGAGUCCAGGAGAGGAUGAGGUGGAGGGUCUGAAACGCCUGAUGACAGAGAUCCUUGGACGGCAGGAUGGUGUGAAGCAAGACUGGGUCAUUGACGACUGUAUUGGCAAUUGGUGGCGCCCCAACUUUGAGCCUCCACAGUAUCCCUAUAUUCCAGCUCACAUCACCAAACCUAAGGAGCAUAAGAAACUGUUCCUGGUUCAGUUGCAGGAAAAAGCGCUGUUUGCUGUCCCCAAGAACUACAAACUGGUGGCAGCACCGUUGUUUGAACUGUAUGACAACGCACCUGGAUAUGGACCAAUCAUCUCCAGUCUACCGCAGCUAUUGAGCAGGUUCAAUUUCAUUUACAACUAACCCGGAUGAACUGAAGAAUGUGGCUGUCUCUGUGAGUGCAGCCCCGUCCGAGUGAAGAUGUGGUGAAAAUAUGUCUCAAUCUUAAAAUCAACUUUCACAAAACAAAAGCUUGUCGUGUAAGGUAUAUUGACAGUCCACAGGGGUGUUUAUACUGCGAAAAGAAAAAAUGAAAAUGUCAUGUGUCUUUCUUUUUUUUUUUAUCUUGGAAAAAUGCUAGUUUUUGUAGCCUACAGGUCUGUAAUCCAGUGUGAUAAGAAUCUGCUUUUAUGUCCUCUUGGAGGAGGCCAAUGUUUGAUUAAAAAAAUUGCAUCAUUGAGUUUCUUGUUUUAACCUGUAACAAUGUUGUGUUUUUUUUUCUUUUUAAUAAAGCAGUCCUUUGAGUAUGUUUUUAUAAAAAUGCAUAAA